GUUCCUCUCCCCGCCCUCCCUAGACUUCCGCUUCCGGUUCUGUCGGACGCUUCGGCUGUAAAGAUGAUCGGAGACAUCCUGCUCUUCGGAACGCUGCUGAUGAACGCCGGAGCGGUGCUUAACUUUAAGCUGAAAAAGAAGGACUCGCAUGGCUUUGGGGAGGAGUCCAGGGAGCCUAGCACAGGUGACAACAUCCGGGAAUUCCUACUGAGCCUCAGGUACUUCCGAAUCUUCAUCGCCCUGUGGAACGUUUUCAUGAUGUUCUGCAUGAUCGUGCUCUUUGGCUCCUGAGCUCCAGAUACUGAACCAGUAACACACCUUCCCAGAUGCCAAGCCUCCCUCCAUUUCUGACAACUUCAAGAAUGUUUUUGACCGGAAAACUGGUGACCUUCCCAGAAAGCCCAAGCUCGUGGUGGGUGAAAAAACUGUUCACAAGAUACACUUGGUUUCCUGGCCACGUCACUGUUGUUUUUUUGAAGAUAUUUUCAGUUGGUCUGUGCAUUGAAAUGUUGUCUACUCAAGGAGUUUCAGGAGGGUUUAUGUAAGGGACUGUGAUAACAUUGCCUUCUUUAUAGAAAAAAGAACAUGUCUGGAUAGUUUUAUUGGUUUGGAAUCCUAUCCCUUUUGGUUCGAAUUACACAUUUUUAGAAAUCAUUUAUUUCCAAGGAUCUGAACCAGAAAGGUUGGCUUUUAAGUUUGAUGCAGCCUCUUUAUUAGAUUCAGUGAAUAACGAAGUUCAUUGUUGCUGGGUCUGUGUUCAGUUCCUUCUCUGUCCCAGUAGGCGCGCUUGGAUUACAGUGUAGCUGUCGUCCCUAGGACUUUAAGGGUGAAGUCUUAUUGGUUCCCACGGAAGAGAUGUACAGAAGAGUUGGCAGGGGCAGGCAGAUGUCUUAUGAGAAAUUAUGCCUUGCCUUGAAAGCCCUCUGUUAAAUGGGCCAUUAAUUGUACAAUUUUUAGAGUGAGAGUGAUUUAUGCGGUAAUAUUGGGACCUAGUUCUGAAAGCUUGGGGUUUUAGGGUCUGUUUUUCAAAUGGGUGAUUUCAAGGUUGGAAAAAGAAUAAGCUUCAUUUGAGCAUUUUGUAUAAAAACUGCUUUAA